AUGGCCUCCGAUGCCGUCAACCACCCUAGUCCCGCCGGCUCCGUGGCUUCAUCGGUGACCCCCGGCCUGAAUUACAAUAAUAAUAAGCGUAGUGCUCCGGACCACCCAAGCCCUCCUGGCCCCGGGAAUGCUGAAGCUGUUACUCCGGCCGGCGCCGGCACGUCGCCCGCUUCUCAACCACCCGGCGAUUCCAACAAGAAACGCCGUGUCGGUCCUGGCUCCAGGGGCGUCGCCAACCUGACGCCGGAGCAACUGGCUAAGAAGCGCGCCAAUGACAGGGAAGCCCAGCGAGCCAUCCGCGAGCGCACAAAGAACCAGAUCGAGACCCUGGAGCGCCGUAUCCAGGAGUUGACCUCCCAGCAGCCCUACCAGGAGCUGCAGGCUGUCCAGAGGGCCAAGGAGGCCGUCGAAGCCGAGAACGCGGACCUGAAGCGCCGCCUGGCUGCCUUCAUCGCCUCUAUCCAGCCUCUCAUCUCUGCUUCUCCACCGAGCCAACCGCCACCGCCGCCGGCAGACCCGCACCCUGCCGUCUUCCCAUCCCCCAGCGGCAGCUACUCUCACGUCCACCAACACAACGGGCCCAUCUCGGCGCACAAUGCCUCGACGCCCAACAGUGCGGCCUCCCCCGCCUCCAUCGACCCGACCGCCGGCUGGCAGACGACGCCCAACGGCAGCGGCGGCGGCGGCGGUAGUGGAGGUGGAGGUGCCGUCUCGGACCUGUCUCCCCCGAACCACAUGUACGCCGCGAGCAAGAUGCUCGACCAGCAGCGGCAAGGGCUCCGCCAUGGCCUCGACCUCGGCCCGGAGAGGCUCGGCCUGGACUUCCUCCUCCUUGACCAGAACGCCCGCGUCGGCAAGAUCCAGAGCGGCAUCAACGGUGCCCAGGACACGCCGAGCUACAACCACGUCCCCAUGAAACACGACUGGACCGGCGUCGGCCCCGUCACACACAGCCGGAGCCCCUCCCUCAGCGGACCGACCGUCCACACCCCGCGGUCACAAGUAGACUAUCCUCAACAGCAGUCGCAAGGACAGCAACAACAACAACAACAACAGCAGCAGCAGCAGCAGCAGCAGCCAUCCUCCGCGCCCCCAGAAUCCCGAGCCCUAGGCCACCACACAGCCGAAGUCAAAAACUGCGGUCCAACCUGCCCCCUCGACAGCCUCCUCCUAGACUUCCUCCACGAGCGCCGCCAACGCGCCGCCGACGGCCUCUCGACCCACGAAAUCAUCGGCCCGCGCUACCCCAGCGUGCUCUCCCUCCUUAACCCGGCCAACAGCAAAUACUCCCACCCGCUCUCCAAAGUCUUCACCGACAUCCUCGCCACCUUCCCCGACCUCUCGGCCCUCCCGCAGCGCGUCGCCGUCCUCUAUAUCAUGUUCCUCAUCAUGCGCUGGCAAAUCUCCCCCACGCAAGAAAACUACGACCGCCUGCCCGAGUGGGCGCGGCCCCGGCCCUCCCAGCUCUUCACCGAGCACCCGGCCUGGAUCGACCACGUGCCGUUCCCCGCCAUGCGCGACAAGCUCUGCCGCGACUAUAACCCGCGCGAGUACCUCUUUGAUAAUUUCUUUGUGCCGUUCACCACGACGCUGAGUCUAAACUGGCCGUACGAGGAGACGGAUACGCUGCUGCAGGUGCCGGAUUCGGACGAGGUGCUUAUCAACCCCGUCUUUGAGCGGCACCUGCGGAGGUUGGAAAACUGGACGCUCGGGCAGGCUUUUAACCAGACGUUUCCUAAGCUGAGGGAGACGUAUAAUUUGAAGGAGUGA